AAGCAAUUUUUAGGGAAAUCUUUUCAUUUUCAACUUGUUUUUGGAGAGAGAGAAAAACAAGAAGUUCUCCAGAAGGAGAAUGCCGUUGUUUUCACUCAACUCUCACAAAAACCCCUAAAUUCGUUAAUCAAGCACAACAGCAAGAACAACAAUGGCGGCAACUGAAAAGAGGUGUUACUACGAGGUAAUAAACCUCCCACAAAACUGCACCCCAGACGAAAUUCGCAGCGCCUACAAAAAGCUUGCCCUCCAACGCCACCCCGACAAGCUCAUCCAAUCCGGCGUCGCCGUCGAAGACGCCACCGCCUCUUUUCAAGAACUUGUCCGCGCCUACGAAAUUCUAUCGGACCCUAAAGAGCGUUCUUGGUAUGAUUCCCAUCGUUCCCAAAUCCUCUUUUCUUCUUCUUCAACUUCUGGUAAUGAUUCCGAUUCCCCUCUCCCCGAUUUAUUUUCCUACUUUUCGCCGUCCUGUUACUCCGAUUAUACGAAUCCCAAAACUGGGUUUUAUAAGGUUUAUGGUGAUGUUUUUGAUAAGAUAUUUGCGCAUGAGAUUAAGUAUUGUAGGCUGAUGGGGUUGAAUUUAGGGUUGGUUAAAGAGGCCCCUUUAUUUGGGGAUUUGAAGUGUGAUUUUAAUCAGGUGAAUGCAUUUUAUGGGUAUUGGUUGAGUUUUUCUUCUGUUAUGGAUUUUGGGUGGGUGAAUAAGUAUGAUGCUGCGGCGGGGGAGAAUAGAAAAUCGAGGCGGGUGAUGGAGGAGGAGAAUAAGAAGGUGAGGAAGAAGGCAAAGAGGGAGUUCAAUGAGACGGUUCGGGGUUUGGCUGAGUUUGUGAAGAAGAGGGAUAAGAGGGUGAUUGAGAUGAUGGUGAAGAAGGAGAAGGAGAGGGAGAAGAAACAGGCGGAGGAAAUGGCGAGGAAGAAGGAGAGAGAGAGGGAGAAGUUAGAGAGGGCGAGGUUGUACCAGGAGCCCGAUUGGGCCAAGGUUGAGGAGGUGGAGGUUUUUGAGGAGGAAGAAGAGGGGGAGGAGGAGAGGAAGGAGUUGUAUUGUGCUGCUUGUGGUAAGAAGUUUAAGUCAGAUAAGCAAUGGAAGAAUCAUGAGCAGUCAAAGAAACAUAAGGAGAAAGUGGCUCAGUUGAGGAAGUCUUUUAUUGAGGAAGAUGAUUUUGAGGAUGUUGAAGAGGUGGAUGUUGUUGAUGGUGAAUUUCAGCAUGAAGAUGAAGCUGUGGAGAAUGUAGAGGAUAAGAAUGAUGUGGCUCAUGAUGGGUUUGUUUCUGCAGAGGAUGAUGUUGAUGAUUUAGAAGAAAAGUUUAAGGAAAGUGUUGGGUUUGAGGAGGUUAGAAGUAGGUAUGAACUCCCUUCUGAUAAUGAAGUUGGCAUUGGUAAUGAUGAAGAAGUUGCGCAGCCUGCAGGUGGAUCUGAUGAUGAGUCAAUAGUUGAUCUUGAAGCCAUGAUCUCUAGUCGUCGGAAUAAGAAGAAUGUGACAUUCUCGACUUCAAAGAAUGAACAUUUCGAAUAUGAUAAUCCCCAAAGUGAGGAUGGUGGUAAUCCCCAAAGUGAGGGUGAGGAUGAUGAUGAGCCGAUGGAAAAUAAUAAAACGAAAGGGAAAAAGAAGUCCAGGAGAGCCAAGAAAGAUAAAGGCAAAGUAGAAUCAUCAAGUAAUGGUGAUAACAAUGAAUCGGCUGAGGAAAAUGACGGGAUGAAUGCUUCAGAUACUGCAAACAAUGGGGAUGAUGAUCAAGACUCAAAAACCAGUACCAAAAGAAGGAAAGACAAAGGUACCUCCAAGCGAGAUACAGAGACUAAACAAAAGAGCUCGUCCAGAGGAAAGAAGCAAAAGGAAAAAUCAAAAAAUCAUGACCCCGUCUGUGAAAAAUGUGGGGAGGAGUUUGAGUCAAGAUCUAAGCUUCACAAACACUUGAGUGACACUGGUCAUGCAUCAUUGAAAAGAUGAUGAUGAUUUUGGACGUCUCUUUACUAUGAGGAGGACAGCAUUACCCUGCAAAUUGCACUGCAUAAACGCAUUCUUACUCGUAUUAGUGGAGCUGAUUAGCUGCACGGGGAUAAUUUUGAUGUGUUGAAGAAUAUAUGUUGUCUUGGCGUGGCAAAUGUUGGAACUUGUACACCCACAAAAUCUGUUACUUAUUGGGGGUAGCUUGCUUCAACAAAAAGAGCAAUUUUGGUUAUAGCUAAAUUCUUUCAUAUUGGGAUGUGUAUUGUAAUUGUGUUGUAGCCUUUACCUGUAUUUUGUCAAUGAGGGGUAAGGGAAGUAGCCAUUCUUCAUUUCAUAAAAGAUUGGCAUCAGUCUUAAUUUUGUGCUGGGUAAAUGUCAGCUACACUGUUAGAUAAAUCUUUUUGUAGUUUUGGGAAGAAAGAUACUCUGUACAUCAGAAUGAAAAAACGCAACUCAAAAAGCACUAAUCUUUUAUA